AUGUCGGACAAUGAGUAUGAUGAGAUUUCACAAACUGAAAGCUUACACGCAAAUGAAAGCUUAUGCGAAAGUGAAAGUUCACAAGAAUCUAUUUGUGGAAAAUCAUUCAAGUACUUACCGGGAUGGUCAACAUCUAAUAUGAAUUUGCAUCUGGCGGAUGAACAUGACUUAGUAGAAUUUCAAAGAGAAAACAAGAAUCAUACGAAAGCUUUAAAUUCCCAGAAAACUAUUGCUGAUAUGUUACAUAUCGCUUCUCACAAAGGAAUAAAAAAAACUAAGAUUCACCAUGCUGUUGUAGAAUGGCUUAUCGUCAAUAAUUUCCCACUUGAUACCAUUAAUGGAGAAGGAUUUCGCCGAUUCAUGUUGCAAAUUGAUUCUGGUUUCCGCCGGCCUUCUUAUAAAGCACUAAAAAAAGAAAUAUUAUUUGGAAAUACAAAUGCAAGAAAUCAAAUAUAUGAACUUUUGAAAAAAAGCAGUGAAAUGGUUUCUUUAAAUACAGAUCUUUGGAUGGCAAGAAAUGGAACUGGAUAUAUUGGAAUUACAGCACAUUGGUUGAGUAAAGAAUUUGAAUUAAAUGAAAUCUUACUUUGCUUGGAGCCGAUGCCAUAUUCUCAUACCAGUCAGGCAAUCAAAGAAUUUCUUAUUCAAAAAGUUCAAGAUUUCAAUCUACAAGAUAAAAUUUUGUGUGUCAUUACGGAUAAUGGUAGCAAUAUGGUAGCUGCCAUAAGAGAUUGGGAUAGCGUAGAAAGAUUACCAUGUACUGCACAUAUCUUGCAAUUAUCUGUCAACCAUGCCCUAAAGAAAACCACCAACAAAUUUACCGAAUUCGAGAAUUGGUUAAGUUUUUUGACUCAUCCAAACAAAGCCAAAGAUUUAUCUGAAAAUGAACUGGUUAUUGCCAUUGAAUCCCAACCUAAUACACAAUCUCUUGACAAUCAAGAAAACCAAUUAGAAAGUGAUCCCGAGUCAAUUAUAAAAGAAAUACAAACAAUUAUUUACAACUCACUAUUUGAAUAUUGGGACCGUCCAUCAAAAAUUUGCCUUCUUGCUACAUUGUUGGAUCCUCGAUUGAAAGAAAUGAGCUUUGCAAGUGACGAGAUUCGUAAUGACACCAUUCGUGAAUGUCGGGAACAACUUCACCAAUUGACACAACCACCAACUGAAGAACAUACCACUUCAUCCAACUCAACCACCCUCUCUUUUAAUAACAUGUUUGCAAAUGUUAUAUUCGGAACUCAAAUAUCAAGUUCUUUGGAUGAAUUAGAUUAUUAUCUUAAUUUUAGACAAACACCUGUGGCUUUUCAUAAUUCUGAUCCUCUUUUGUGA